AUGAAUUCGUUGAUUGUCGUUCUGGUUUUUACCGUAUUUUUAUAUUCAUCAGGAGAAGCAGCUAACUGCAAUGAUGGCAGCAAUCCUUGUGGGUUGGAUGCGGUACAUUAUAACUUGGCAAAUGGAUACCAAUGUAGUCAGUCUGGUCCUAAUUCUGUAGUGUGCACAUGUCCAGGCGGAUACGAGAUCGAUAGACCUUGCCGUAUUUGCAGUCGAAGCAAUCCUUUACAGAAUCCAUGUCGUAACGACACUGGAAGGCUAAUUACAUGUCUUGAAAACAAUGACCUUGGCACGGGGUAUUCAUGUCUCUGCUUGAAUCUAAUAACACAAAUACCAGAACAAACAGUACACCCUAACUGUGGCGAGCCAUUCACAUCGCCAACGAACACUUCUACCAAUACAACUGCUCAAUCAUCGUGUGCGAAUGGUGGUGUUUCUAUCGGUACUACUUGUAAAUGUCCAAGUGGUUUUAUUGGUACAUCGUGUAAUCAAAGCCAACCUGAAGAGUUAUGUCGAAAUGUUAUUUGCAAAAAUAAUGGCGCUUGUGCUAUUCGAAAUCCAAAUGGCCCGUAUGAAUCUGUUUGCCUCUGUCGAGCUAGUUUCUCGGGAGAAUAUUGUGAAAUACAAGGAACUUUGGGUUUUUGUUCGUCCAGUUCAUGUUUGAAUGGUGCUGCUUGUCGAGAAGUUGUUAUUGGUGCAACACGAACUGCUUACUGUGAUUGUCUAUUGGGUUAUCGUGGCGUCAAAUGUGAUACUCGAUAUUUUAGUUGUCCUGUUGCUGGCAAAUUUCGUGACGACGAGAUGUAUGAGCAAGGAAAAUAUUUCGAAUGCUCGAACCUGGCCGGAGGAUUACGACUGGAACGAAAAUCAUGUGCCAAAGGACUUCGUUUCAAUACUGGUACACAAGCUUGUACUGAUUAA